AUGGAGCUUGGGAUUGAAGGACGACGUAUGAUGAUCCAGCUGAAUUGGAGCCGACCAAAAUUGCAAGACCAAUUGCUUAAAAGUGCCUUGACAUUGACGAAAAUCGAUGCUGAUGCUGGGCAAAAUGUCACACCGACUCAUUCACUGGCUGUCUGUUUGCUUCAACAUGGGCUGGGUCGUUACAGCGACUUGCAUAGGCUGGGCGACGCGUGGUGUAGCACGGCCAAUCCUUGUGCGAUCAACUGCGGCGAAUGUGAUUGGAUCCGAUUCUGCCAACUUUUGGAUAAAAAAAACCAGGAGGCUGAACUUGAGCUAAAGAAUGAAAAAAGAACCAAGAAAACUUUAGAAGAAGUAACAUCUCGAUCAUCAACGGUUAAUUUACAGCUAAUCGUAAAAGAAGUGGUUGAAGCCCUCGACCAAUUUCAAUGGCUGGGACUGUUAAGCACGUCAAAUCCGUUCCGGGUCGGUUGUAUUGUCGGAGAAGAAAACGUUAUUGAUAUAACACCGAAAAUCUACGAAUCACUCGAGUCCUUUUGCAGCCAUCAGUACGUAUGGUACGAUAGCGAUUCGCAAACUUUUCACGGUAUCGCCAAAUGGAUGGACACAUUUCAAGAUCGACGAGCGUACCGUGUCGCUCUCUCUUGUCAAGUAGCUCAAAAUGUCAAAGAGUUCUGUUGUUUUUUGCUGAAAAAAGGCAAUCCAGGCGACGAUGAACUAGAAAUGCGAUCCUUGGCCUAUCUGAGAGAGCUGAACGAACAGCUGGACCGUAACAUCAGGGAUCACUUGGCGAUGGUAGAUCGAUGGGAUGAGGUCGGCGAGGCUAGUAGUGAGCUUAAGAUCCUACUACACGAGCUUAUCGAUCCAAGUUUCGACGAGGACAGAUUCGAAAUCAACUUGGAACUGAGACAGGAAUUCAUCGAGAGCUUAGAAAAAGCUUACGAUGAGGUGCAGAUCCUUCGCCGCGAGGCCUAUGAGAAGGCUCGACUUAGAGCCAUUCAGAAUAGGGAAGAGGAUGAACGCAAGGAACGGCAGUUCAGGUUGGAAAUUGAAACCGCCACCGCUGAAAUACAACUACUCGAACAGGAAAUUGAAGAGAAUGAACGAUCGGCUAACCAGCAGUUUGGAGAACAGACAACAGAGCAGAUGAAAAAGGCACGUUAUCGCGACCUGUGGCAGACAGCCAGGUACAAAGUGCUGGAGGCAAGCAACCGAAUGAAGCCAUUGAGAUUUAUUGGUGCCGCACGAGUGCUCAUCAUGCAAAAACGUGAGCUGCUGAAGAGCAAGACCGAACAACUAGAAUGGGAUCACUUCCGUUUGCUCCUGCACGAGCUGCCUCCUCCGUUGGAAAUCGCCAAAUGCGGUCGCAAUCACAAUCUAUUCGCUAUCUAUAACGAUACCGCAGCCGACGCCCUACUCACUGACGUCCUUAUGGAGUUUAAGCUUGUGGAAUUGUUUGAGAAGCAGAAAAGAAAUCUUCCGUUGUUGAGGUCCUACGCACGACAGAACUCGUCCAAGGUUUUGGCCGAAAUGCGACGCAUCCUCGACAAGAUGGUGACGGAGCCCAUCAACAACAUGUCGAAUCAAACUUGGAGAUUCAACGGUUGCGCUCUCCUCUUGAGUCAUAUUUACAACCAAUGGAUGGCGAAAAAUUCGUCCUCCUCCGAACAAAAUCCUUGUGAAGAGAUCAUUAUUGAAGCUUCUCGUGUUAUUUAUAUCGACAUGGAUUGGAUGACACCGGGAUUGAGUUUAAAUAUGUCGGCUCCUCGAAUUGAAGCCGUUGGAACGGGAAUACGUCGUGUGAUUGACACCUCAGGAAAAAACGCCAAACGGACAAUUCCGGAAAAAGCCAAUGAUGGACGCGACGCUGGAUUGAGUGGUGACGACGGAGUGCACGGAGCGGCCGGUCAGAGUGCAGGUCAUGUGUCUAUUAUCUGUGACACUUACCUCGGCAUGCCGCUCGUCAUCCGGGCCAGAGGUGGUAACGGUUCGGAUGGACAGAACGGUGGAAAUGGAGAACCCGGAAUCAAUGGUCAAAAUGGAAGAGACGGAAAGCUACCACCGGAAAAGGAAGUAGAUCAAGAUUUUGAUUUUAUACCGUUGAGAUAUUACUGGAACUUUCCGAAAAGUGUCUAUCAAUAUUUUUCUGGUAAAAUAUACAACACUUGCCAUUUACUAACCGGAGAGCCCGGAACACCAGGCAAGUCCGGCGGUAGCGGUGGAAGCGGCGGGUGCGGAGGACAGGGAGGAUUUGCUGGCGAAGUUGAGGUGGAAUGUGGCGCGGGCGAUAACCUGAUCGACAUAACACAAAACGAAAACGGCAAAAAUGGCACGAAUGGUAAGCCUGGAAAAAGCGCCAAGGGGGGCAAGGGAGGAGGCAACGGCCUUGAUUCGGCACGUGUGUUUGAAACAGAUUCAGAUUCGUUAGACCCCUGGUUCUGGGUGGCUGGGAAAUGGCGUGAGAAAGAAGGCAAAUUAAAAAUUGAACGCAUUAUGCGCACAAGUAAUCAAAGCGAACAAAUUGGUUCAAGAAUCAUCGUUGUUGCUGAAGACAACGGAAGUGCCACCGACGGAGAGCAAGGUGAAGACGGCCAAAACGCUGAUCAAAGCCACCAGAUGCAUUCAACACCCAAAAGGGCUAUGGUAGUUGCGGGGGCAUCCUGGAGAAGCGACGCUGCUGCCACCGCCUUAGCAUCCGCACGACUCCAGCAGAAAGAGGCAGCCAUUCGGAAGCUCAGCGCGGCCAUUACCAACUCGAACGAAGCGGCAAGGCGUGCCAGAGCGGCCGCCAAGCAACAAGAGGCCAACGAGAAAAAACUGAAACAAGCGAAACAAAGUGAACAGCGGGUUCGCAAGGCUUUCCAACUGGCCAAGAUGCAAUCCACGUCCCAGCUGAUGCGCACUACGCAGAGGACGCACACAAUCGCCGCUCAACAGGUAGCUGAUACAGGCGAAAGUUCAAUUUCCGUUAAAGAAAAUGACGAGUUCAUUCCUCAUACGGCACACGUCCUAGCCAAAACACAGCCAGCGACCCAGUCUGAAUGGAACGCCAUGGAAGGCGUGGAUGUCCUCGACGCUCUUGUCGCCAAAUAUUCAAAGGUCUCGAAUGAAUCGUCGAAAACCUUGUCCAUCCUGACGCAAUCUAUAGUCCUGCAAAUCUGCUUGCCAGAGCCAGAGGACCGUGGACUCGUUUGGUCCUCAAUGGCUAAAAUAACGCGACCUAUAGCUGAUUACCCAAACCACUUGAUUCAAUCGCUUCGAUGUAUCAGCCAGGACAUCGAUCUGAUCCAAGAGCUUAUAUCGGCUAAACGGGAAAUUCUCCUCAAACCCAUGAGCGAUAUCAUACUGGAAAAGACGAACGAAAUUGCCUGGGACAUCGUAACGACCGCUGGGGAUGCACUUGACGUCUUAGGCGUUUUGUACGCCUUUCGACAUCUAAUCUGGAGCUAUGAAGAGCUCCAAAAAUUACUUCAGCCGCUGGAAGAGCAAGAGAAAAAAGGCUCAGGAUCUAUGACGAGCAAGAGCAACACGGGAUCAUCGGAACCUGACCCAGCCAAGACAAAACUGAUCCAGUUUCUGCGCGAUAAAUUGAUCUAUUCAGUUGUCGAAGUGAUGAUGACAUCGACAUCGGCCAGCGGUGGGAAUGAACAGCAUUUCGAGGAAACAAUAAUCCAAUCCCAAGUGCUGACGCUAAAAGGUUUGUUGCAAUGCUGCUCUCUUCACCUCACACCACCUGACACUGUGCCCGUGUCAACGUUUUUCAAUAAGCUGAUGGAAAAACUGAAAGAAAUUUCUGGAAAUGAGAAAAAGACCGGCGACGACGUGAAUAUCGCCCUGACGGACUUCGCCUGUCGUCAAAUGGGAAUCAAGAAAGUACGUGACUUGUUGCCGACUUCAAACAUUAGAUCCUCGAUUUCAGCCGGAAAUCAAAUUGUUCUCAAUACAGAUGAUGAACAGCGCUUGGAAAAGCUUCGUUUCCUUUUGAGUCACACGAAAGUUGGUGUCGAUGAGUUGGACGCUAUCCGUUCAGUUAUAGAAAAACGGCAAACCUUCCACAAAGAGCCGUACAAAACAAUUUACUCGCUCGCUGAACAAGCGUUUGUCAACUUUUACUGGACGCGUGAAUGGGAGAGUUAUCACGAUUUUCUAAUGGAAUUCAAAGCGAGCCAAAAUCGUCCAGACGAAAACCCGUCUGAAAUACUGGAAACGGCGGACUUACACGGCCAGCUGAGCGAGUUUCAGAACUCCGUCGAACGAUUGAAGGCAGCACUUAUGUGGAAUCACAGUGGCAAAUCUUACAAAGACAUGAUGGAGGUAUGCACUAAGCUCAAGAAAAAGCUCGACAAAUCAGAAUGGACAGAUAAAUUCAGCGCAGCUUUGGCAAAACUGAAACGAUCUUCCGAGGAAAAGGAAACGCCCUUGAUGAAGUGCAUGAAUUGGGUUCGUGAGCAGGAGAUGAAAAUUGUCGGAUUUUUCGACGAUUCCAAGAAGGAUUCGCCUGAGCUCAUCAAAGAUUCUUUUCUGUCAUUCCUUUGGCGUUUACGGAAAAUUUGUCAACCAAGUAAAUCGGACAAGGAAUCGAUGGUCCCACAAUUUCGAAAGGCUUUGCACUAUCUUGACUACAACAAGCGAGAUUCUUUCACAGUUUCCGAAAUGAAACUGUUCCACGAAGUGUUCAACAAAACAAGAGAAGGCAUCUUCAAGGAUGAAACGAUCCUGCGUUACGAAGCUAAUUUGAAAACCGAGUACGUUAAACAGUAUCCAGACCACCAUUUCCUCAGGUGGAUAGACAGUUACGAAGAAAUUACGAAAAUUCAAGCGGAAAUCAGCAGAAAGUGGGAGAGUUAUUCCAUAGAUUCCGAUACGGCAUCCCAACAAGCCAAAGUGGCGCGUCGAAAGAACAUGUUGCUGAACCGCUAUGCCGCAAUCACGACGUUCUUCUUGUCGCCGCAAAAAUGCCACGAAACAUGGCGUUCUUUGAGGCGAGAUAUGAAACUGGACGAAUUAGAUCAACAGCUUAGAACAAGAGUAUCCAGUACUUUUGGGAAUCACAUCCAGCAAAUGGUUGGUGACGUCGAGGCAGCCCUGAAUAAAAUCAUGGAAGGAGCAAUUGUUCAAUCAAACGGUACUCCUGCACAUUCUUCUAGCAUCAGUGCUGAAGAUGGAGGCGGUGAAACGAUGUGCGCUGAAACCAAGCGAUGCCUUUCCAUAGUUGACACCUUGCUGACCUCGUCGAAUUGCCUUCUUAUAAAAAAAGAACUCAGUUCCACGAUUUCUACGAUCCUUUCGGAUGUCGAACUGUUGUUCGAGUACUUCGUCGAAUUGGACGACACCAACGCCGAACGCAUAACGCCAUACUUAGAAAAAUGGAGAACGUCUUUGGCGAUUAUGGAAGAAGCUGGAAAUUUACUGAAAGUUACAGCCGACGUCCGACGAGGCGUGGCCAAUGUUUUGGACAUAGCCGGCUGGUCGACCACCAACGACGACCGUCUAAUUGAAACGCUCAACCGCCGCAUUAAUCAAAAUCGCGAAAACAUGGAAAAUGCCUUACAACGUCAAAAAACCUUUACCGAACUUUUGACACGGGAACGAUUUACGGAUGACGUCUUGAGCGUCGUCAAGGCGUCUGUCGUUUGCUUAGGAGAAGGGGAAGAUUUAAAUCCGUGCAGCCUUUGCUGUCACAAAAAUCACAACUUAUCACUGUUGAUACAAAAACAAGUGGAAAUUUGGAACGAAUGUGCUCCGACCGAGUUUCAUCCAAAGGGAAAAGAUACUCUGGCUUUUCUGGAUGCUUUGCUAUCUUCCACGUCUGAGAAGCUGUUGAAAGUGCGGGCCUCCUUGGCUACCGAACUCCUCGCUCAUCAUAUUGGCACUCCUGAGAAUGUCGACGUACUGGAGGGAUGGACCGAACGUAUCAACAAGUUUGUGGUAACAUUCAACACUCAUAUGGAUUCGGAUGAAGAAAUGACCAGUCGCGUAAUCGAACUUCAGGCUUCCUUGAUCGUUCAUUUUCACGUUUUUCAAACAAAAAAACUAAGUCUUUUCGAAGAGACUAACAAACUGCAUGCUAAAAUAAACAGUAGAAUAAUGAGGGAGCAGCUAACCGUACUGGCUGGCGUGCUGGGCAAAUCCAAAACCGAAUCCAACUGUUUACUCCUCACAGGUCUUUGCCAUUUCGCCAAUACUCUGAGCAAAUGCGCCAGAACUAGUCAACGACUAGUUGCGUCUGACUGUAUUACUGAAUUAAUCGAACAGCUGUUCUGCGACACAAAUAUAAAAAAGAAAAAUGUGAAAAUGAAAGCGAUCCUUGAUGUCGUGUAUUCCUCUUCUGAGGCAUUUACCUUUACCGAAAAGAGCUACUUGGAGCGUUUCAUUCAAACAGAGUCUUGUUACCAAGACACUGGCAUGAUCAAGAGCUUGUACGACAAAAUCAACGACACAAGAAAAGGAAAAGAAGGCCAAAUAUCGUCAAGCGUAACCAACAGGUUGAUUGACGUCAUUGACUUUAAAAGUCUUUUGACCCAGGAAGAACGAAAGUACCUCACCAUUUUGGGUAACGAUGAGGUCGUGCAGAGAGUGCUAAAAAAUCUACCACCGACAUCCUACUUGAGCUGCUUGAAGGAACGUGCAACUAACGACAUCUACCGAAAACUCAUUCUCCACUUUUACGGAGAGGAAGAUAACGACCUGGCCGACCUGCUGGAAUCGUACAAAACAGCGAAGAAGGCCGACGGUGGAGAGAAAGCGACGGAACAAUGUGAAAAGAGCCCGUCCGAUUGCACACGUCAGAUAGCUAGUGAAUUCCAGAAAUCCUUCAAUAGAGCGUACUUCUUUGCGAAGCGAGACGGCAUUGAAUUCGAAUGGCUGGCAUGGUUGCAAGAGACCGUUCUCAAGUCAUUGGAAUCAAUGCGUCGCGAUUUGGUGACGCUCGCCAAUGUAACGGAACUUAUUUCUGCCUCUGCCGUGUUCAAACUCGAUGACCUUUUUCAUUUGGCAGUAACCGCUCGACCCUAUCACUGGCUGGAUAAUCUGCUGGGGAACUCCAUCUUGAAAACAGUCGAUAAACUCGAUCCUGCAACAACCGGAAAUCAAGCCGAACGAAAAGCUCAACGACGCCAGCUGACUUCUGAUAUACAAGAAUGUCUUAGAUCACCGCAACUGAAAGGCCGAAUUGUUCUAGAAGUCUUCCGGCGGAAAUUGGAACAAGAGACCCGUUUAGUGGCAGGCAUGGAGUCUGUCAACUUUUUGUACGCUGCCGGACUGGUGAGUGCCCUCAAAACUCUCACCAAAAUCAACGACGUGGAGAGGUUUCAGGGUACAUCUCUCAAACACUGGCCUCGGCUGAUACGUCACUGCAAGCUAACGGAAAUCUGGCCGACCGGUCUCGCCAAUCAGCUUGUAACGAUACUGGAUGUUCGCAUGGGCCAAGACAAAGCGGACUGCUUCCUCGAACGUUUCAAAACGAAAUAUGGCCAUGUUCAAAAUGAACCGAUACUCCAAGAGGGAAAUGAUUUGCCACCUAUCAAUAACCAACUCGUCAUCCAGUUGGAAGGAAUAAUAAAAAAUUUGUCGAAAUACCCCUGGAUCGUGGAUUCGUUUUUCGUUUUGGCGAGGUCGCAAGAUGUCGUCAACAGCGAAGAUGAAGAUUACCACUGGCAACACAUCCAAAGUAGCGCAUUCAUCGAACAGGAAAGAUCCAAAGCCUCACAAUCCAAUCAAGGCGCGUCUGAACUAUUGAGAUCGAUGAGGGACUAUCCCGAAAACGAGGCCGUCAUAGGGAAAAUGACAAAACAGAACAGCUUCGUACGAACAAUCGACAAAAUUAAGCUGCUGGCUACGAGCGAUCCAAGAAGCCAAUGGAGCCAGAAGGACAUUGACAAUUGGGUGACUAAUGUUAAAGAAUCCAAAGCAGAGGUGGAUCUUGUCGAUUUUCUUUCGGUGGCCUUCCGGGCAGUGCAAUUGCAUAUGAAAUGCCAAUUGCGCGAAUCACAGAUGCUUGCCAUUUUAAUGUUCGUGACGCCGAGCGAGAGCCAAAGAGUUCAGCGCCGAAUGGCGCAAAUCUCCACGGGCGAGGGAAAAACGCUAAUCACCGCGUUGUUGGUCGUCUAUCAUGUGUUGUCCAACUGGUCGAAAGGGCAACGCCUCGUUGACAUCAUCACCAGCUCACCGGUUCUAGCCGUCGACAAUGUCAUCGAGAUGAAGUGGUUCUACGAAGUUUUCGGCGUCGGCGUGGAGAACAACUGCGACGCCGCUUGCUCCGAUGACGAGGAGUUGCGCAAGAAGCGCUACAACACGGACGUUGUGUACGGUGACCUGUCCAGCUUCCAGCGUGACAUCCUCUUGAGUCGAUUCUUCUCCGACCGUGACAUUACCCGCAAUCGAGAAGCUGGAGCCGUCGUCGUCGAUGAAGUGGACAGCAUGUUGCUGGACAAAGGCGAAAACAUUUUGUACUUGUCGCACAAGAUUCCCGAAAUGGACGACCUCGUUCAGGUGUUCGUCGAGAUAUGGCAUACCGUCCACGAUCCGUCGGCCGCUGCUGGGGACGAGAGAGCACAAGCCGCUGUGUACGAGAGCGUAAAGGAACGCGUUGAGAACGGCAACAUCCGCGUUCCCAAGGGUCUCGAAUCCUUCGUGCUUCGCUACCUUCAGGUGUGGACACGCAACGCCUUCCGAGCCAAAAACCUGGUAAUGACUAAAGACGCUUACAAAGUGGACGAUCUGGGCGACGGCCGAGGACAGCAGGUUGUCAUCAUGGACAAAGAAACGGGCGUGGAGCAAGUACAAAUGCAAUGGUCACACGGCCUCCAUCAGUUCUUGCAGCUGAAACAUACGCUGAAAUUGAGUCCCGUCUCUUUGAAGGCUGUCUUCAUGUCCAACAUUGGCUUUUUCGAGCAGCGCAAAAACGCCGCCCUGUACGGAAUGACGGGCACACUUGGCUCCACCGCCGAGUGCAAACUGUUAGGUGAGGUAUUCCGCGUCGACUUCUUCAAGAUGCCUCGUUUCCGGCGUCGCUUUUGCCUAGAAGAGGAUCACCUCUUGUCUCCCACAAAGAGCCAGUGGUUGGACAAUUUGGUACGCGCAACGAAAGCCCAGCUCGAUGCGAAACGAGCCGUGCUGGUUGUGUGCGAGAAUAUUGCCUCCGCAGAAGCCGCCUACAAUAAGCUUUUGUCUGCGUGCAAACAAGAGGGCAAAAGUAAUAACGAGACGGAGGCCACAAUUCGAGUUAAUAUCAGCAAAUACAUCAGCUCGUUCGAUAAAGGAUUCCAGAAGAAGCAACAUGACUCCGAUCUAGUUCCCGGCGAUGUCAUCGUGGCCACCAAUUUGGCCGGUAGGGGAACCGAUUUCAAGAUCGACGAACAACUCACCAAGAACGGCGGAUUACACGUCAUCAUAGGAUACAUGCCGGCCAACGCCCGUGUCGAGGCGCAAAUCGAGGGGCGAGUGGCCAGAGCUGGACAGCCCGGAAGCUUUCAGUUUGUCUUGUGGGACCCAAAUGUCAGCGUAGGCAAGUCGGACGUUGCCUCGGAGCUUUGCACUUUGAAAGUGAAGCGCAACGACCGAGAAUGCCGUCGGCUGGAACAAAUCCGCACUCGCGGUCUGCAGAAGAUCUUCUUGGAAGAGGAACUGUUCAAGAAAUUUCACGAGGAGAUUUACAACGAGGUGCGGAAGAUGUUGCGUCAAAAUACCUCACCGGACGGCGAACUGCAGCUGAAAUUUUUGACUAAUCGCUGGGCGCUCUGGUUGGACGACAAUGCCGAUCACAUCGACAACAUUCAUGUCCGGAAGGCGGACACUGUCUAUGCGAAUUUCGAAUCAUUUAAAAGCGAUUGUCUCGCGUUGGCCGGUGCCUCUUCCGGCAGUUUUGCGCGCUUCGCAUCGACGCCUUCUGAGCUGAUGACUCUUGGCGAUUUUUUCGAAAAGACGAAAGAAACUGAACAGAAAGCGAAUCAUUGCUACGAACAGGUUGUCAAGAAAGAACCAGAUGAUUGCCCAGCCGCGCUCAUCCGUCAAGCGAAGCUGAUUUUGCGUGAAGCGGGCAGCGAUGAAAAGAGAAAAGCGAAACCACUAUUGAUCAGGGCGAAAAAUUUGAUCGAAGACAAAAUCGGCCAGCUUUCGAUGUGUAAUGAUUUGGUAAAGAAGACGUUGAAGAUGCACGAAAAACAUGGCAGCGUCAUUAUAAACGAGAACCGGUUCGAGGAGCAGACAACGAAUUUGAUAUGUCUUUUACAGGUGCAUCUGACUGCCAUAGAAGACAUCUUGGGGCGGUCAGUUGUUGGCUCCCUGGCCAUGCAUUUCCCGAAGCAAGAAGAAAUGCAAGAAAUCUUAGCUCUAAUAACAAACAAGCUGGCACAUCAAGGCCAUUGUAAGCCUUAUCGGUUGUCCAACAGCGUGUCGGUAAGGUCGAUCGGUGUUGGCAAAGACAUGAGUGAGGAUCACCAACGUGUUCUGUGGAUGGACUAUGGAACAACUUCACAACAGAGACGGCUCCAAUGGCCAACGGAGAUAGCUCAGUUCGAACGCGCCACCGUUCAGCUCAUAGACGAAAGAAGAGACGCUCUGCGGAAAUCAUUCACUAAAUCCAUGUUGACGGACGUGGUGAUCACCCAGAACCAGUUGUGGGAAGAGUUGAUUAAAGAAGGGUACGUCGUUCAGAAAAAGAUCAUCGACGAGGACGUCAUUCGUUGGGCGCAAUCGAAAAUUGAGGGUGAUUCCGCCGUCAAGAAUUUCCUCGAAAGUUUGCCAAAAGAAUUGGACAGUUUGAGAACUGUACUCGUGGAUUGGCUCAAGCGUCAUGAUGAAGAACCAUUCGCAGACGCCGUCACUCCGUUAGAACUCGACGACGGUGUUUUGAAGUCGCUUGAGCGGUUCCUGAAGACGAGCCAAAUCGUGGUCCACAUCAAUCACAGGCAGGGCGUGCUCUCCAAAGAGAUAUCAUUCGAUCCGAACAGAUCGAGCUCGCCCGUUGCAGGCCUGACGGAACAACUGAAGAAAUUUGACCAUUUGAUAGCGAUGUGGAUACUUCAAAGUUCAUCCGGCGAAUUUGGAGAAACUGCGUUUAAGAAGGUAUGCGAGACAGUGUCUCGGGAAGAGUUGCCAUGCCCAGCAGACUCUGACGAAGGAGCUGAGAAUAUCUGGAAAUAUCUCUUAAGCGAAGGAAUCAUCAAAGAACCUAAAAUUAUUUUUGUGCCGGGAUUAAAGGCCAACAAGGAGGACAUCGAAAGCCGGAAGAAAGAAAUAACGGAAGCGGUUGAAUCACUGGCCGGCGUUAAGGAAAUAAGCUGGAAGCACCGACCGCCACCAAAGCCGGUCACCGAGCAUUCUGCUUACUACGACGUCCCAAGUUAUUGGGCAGACUGCGCGUGGAAUGUCGUCGGAAGUGCGUUCAAUUACGUCAAUCCUUUCGGUGACGAGAAAUCCGACAAUGCGAGCAAGGCGGCUAAUGUUGACGAAUGGCUGACUGAGAAACAAAACAAAAAACACCUUGAAACCUACAAGAGGGACGUUGUUUCGGCUUUGUUCAGCAGCAUUGGCCAGUUGAAGACCAUUCCGAUGGUGAACACUACGCUCCAGCCGCUUUCCGACUAUUUCGUGUCCGACAGGUCGAGGAGCUUUCCAGCGGAGGAAAUGCAAAGUUUAGCCGGCAAAUCCUUUACAGGUGUCAUCAAGCUAGAGGCGCACAAAACUUGGUGGGACUACUGGGACAGGCGAGCUUUCUACGUGGCCAUGGCGGGCGUCGCCCAAGUCGCCUUAGGGGUAGCCCUUGGCGCAAUUUCUGGCGGACUGCUCGCAGUUGUCAGCAAAACUCUCAUCGCUGAAGGAGUGAGUGACAUCGGCUACGCAAUCCAGGCAGGGCUGACGGGAACUUUCUCCUGGGGAGGUUACUUGUCACACAAAAAAUGGAGCCUGGCCAUGUCCGUCGCCACAGCCGGACUGGGUGCGUAUUUGACCAAAGGAGCGGCAGCUGGUCGUCUGGCUGCAAUGGGAUUCCAGGGGAAAGUGGGAUUGGCUCUCUGUUGGGCAGCAGCGAAGAAAGCGAUGGCCAAGUGCGGCCAAGCUGUGCUCUCCACGAUGACCAGCAUGGGCGUCGAAAGGUUGCUUUCUUGGCUAAAAAAAUUCGUCAUCGAAAACGUUUUGACGCACGUAAAAUUCCUUAUCAGCAAGGCUCUGUGGUUCCUUUUCAACGCCCUUAACAGUGCCCUCGAUCGAAUCUGGGCACUGUUGCAAAAAAUGGGACGAAGCGCGGAGGAUGUAAAACGAGUGAUCGACGGCUACUUGGACAAAGCGAAGUCGUCGGAACUUUACACACUUUGGGGACGUCGCAUGACUGGGCAGGCGGCCUCGGUUGGAGGCGCCAUAGGACGUUGUUUCUCCGAAUCGGGAGACGUCUUGAAAGCAGAAGGCAAGAUCGAACUAAUGGAAGAGGAAAAGGCCCAGGGACUGGACGUUUUGAAAAAAUCUUUUAAAUUUGUCGGCUACGUUGAAAAAGCGACGAAGAUUGUCAAUUGGAUCAAGAACGGCACAGAAAUCUUAGGCCUCGUCGCGUACGCACCGGAGUACGUCAGUAACGUGGAGAGAUCCCUGUCUGAGGAGGCGAGAAAACUAGAAGCUGAAGAACAGGAUAAGAAAGCGGCGCAACAGGCUCACCAAACCCAAGUGUCAGUAUACGACGAAGAGAAAGAAGAUCAGCUAAGCACCGGUGAAGCAGCCGAAACGAUUCAUGCAACGUACACUGUGACGUCGACAAACACAGCCGAAUUCGAAACGAAAGUGUUCAACGAAUACAAACAGAAGGUGAAAGAAAGAAUCGAAGGCGACGUUGUCACCUAUAUGGUAGAUAGCGUGACCAAGGCAUGGGUGCAACCCUGGCUGCAGAGCAAAAUCGAGGGUCUCAUCGUAUCCGCAGGCAAGAACACGUUGGAGCGCAUUGGCAGUAUGUGGACGGGAACGCAAGGUGAUUCGAUGACGGCCGACAAUCACGCAAAAGAAAAUGAGGGAGGGAACGACGAAGAGGUGGAAAAAGCUAAAAAUGAUAAGAAAGCCGCAGCCGCCGAGAAGAAACUUGAAGACUCGCUCGGGGAAGGAAGCAGCCAGAAAGAGACGGACGAAAAUGGAAAUGCUGUCGUUCAACCAAAGGAAUACAAAGAUGUUGUUAAAAGUAUGGGCCAAGGCCAAGCUGCUGGUCUUUUGCAAAUGCAAAUGGUAGCGAAUGCAACUAAGUGCACGCUCGUAAUUAUUGACCAUUCGGACGAGAAGGAUUUCAAAAGCGAGGAUGGUCAGUUUAGCGUAACUCCAGAUGGAAAAUCUGAGAAAACGAUCCAACUUGUAUACACGAAGAACGAAGAUGGCACAAAGCAUGUUUCUCUCAUUGGACCCGAUGGUAAAGAAAUGCAACUUCCGCCUUCUUUGAUGAGUUCGGACGAAACGCCAGCCCCCCCGAACCGUUGCCUUUACGAAGCUAUCGCUGGUGCUCUGGAUAAGAAAGUCGACGACCUCCUAUCGCAGGUGAAGGAGAAUGCGCUCAACGAUAAGCUGUCGCAAUACCUUUAUGACGAAAAAGUAAACGAUGCCUUACCUCACAUGCGAGUUGGUCGGAAAAGUGAAGGUGAACGUGUUGAUCAGUACCUCCUUCUAGACGAAAAUGACAACGUUCGUCAUGUUUUGGCUACUAUAACGCGGAAAAAUCUGAAAGGUGGUAGCGAAGUUACUGGCGCUGCGAGAAAUGAACUGAAGAGCGACGGAGAAAGAGAGGAAGAUGACCAAUGUGGCCAUUUGAUAGGGUUUUUGCUCGGCGGCGGAGGUGGCAAAAAAGUGCACAAUUUAAUCAACAUGGACAAGUCCCUCAAUCUAGGCCCGUACAAACAACUAGAAAGGGAGUUGGCGAAUUUCUUGGAGAAAUAUGAGAACGGAAGAGUUGACGUAGAUAUCUUGCUGAAUGAGGGUAUUACGAACGGUAACUCUAAAAGUCCGUUAAAUAUACGGUUUUCCUGGCGUUUAAGUGUCGGCGAUAAGGUCGGACUUCACAACACUAUAUUCUUUACGAACACGGCCGUUUGCAAGAAACAGAAUGAAGGGCAUAUAAAGACAAGCCACCAUUCCGUGAUAUACCUAUUCGUCGCGUCAAUCUUCCUAAAGAAGGAAAACCUAACGCGGAAAUUGUCCAUUUGGACGGACCUGACUUAGUCGAGUCCAUCGGUCCUGACUUAACGCUGGUUCGCUCUAUCUACCACAAACCAGUGAGUCGCCAAGAAAACAACCAACCCAGAAAAAAUAAGAUUCAAGAACUGAAAGACGAGGACGAGCCAAUAAAAAGUCAAGCGCAAAACUGAAAGUGCAAGAACAUGGUGAAUCACAAAUUCCAGUGAAACAAACCAAAGUAAAACAGCAGGGUUGUAUGAUCCCGUGAAGCGAAAUUUGCUGUUAAACUAGCAGUGCAACAGCAGCAGCAGUUAAAAAAUAUGCCAGCUAUUGUUCAAAUUUGUGAAAGAAAACAAAGAAAUAAAAACAAAAAACAAAAAACCAAAAAAAAACUACGUGUGAAAUGCAUGUCUAGGUUGAUAUCGAUGUAUUGCCAUUUUGGUAAUGUAACAUGGCAUGAGGUUCAUUUUCAUUUAAAAUAUGUUUUAUUAUGAAGAGUGAUAAACAAUCAUCAUUUACAAAUGCCUGAAAGAGUUAUUUUGUAGAAUAAUCUUAGCGAUUUAAGGGAACAAUCU